AAAUAUAUUUCAGUUGAAUCCGCAGUUUGUAUUUGGAAUUGGGUGACGACGAACUAAAAAUUUUAAAGAUAGACAAAAAAAAGACGUAAAAAUGCAAAAAUUGAUUAUUUUUGUGUCGUUGCUGAUCAUCGCCGUAAAUGGUGCUCCAGCAAAAAAUGACGAUGUCGAGUUGAUUGAGGUCGUUCCUCUGGAGAAGCAAAACGCAUCGCAUGCCUUUGGUGCCGACUAUGACGACGAUUAUCCGCCGGCAAGCUUUGUUCCGGUUGCAUAUUUCCCGUUCAACAUCGACUUCAGGAGUCUCUUUACCGGCUUUGACGAUUGGAUCGAUCGCAUGCGUAACCGUUUCCACGGAAUCGUCAGCGGCGAAGGCUUAGAUGGCGACAAAGGCAACACAACAUCUACUGUGAAAGUCGUCGAUAAUCACAAAGUCACAAUUAACGACACCGUUUACAAGAAAGACACUCCUUAUGGAACGCAAUUCGUCAAAGUUCGCACAGUUCAUGUGCGUCCCGUGAACGAAAGUGCAGAAGUUGAUUCGAUCUCGACAACUGCCGCGUCAGAUGAAAAAGUUCGUGAUACGGAGCAAAUUGAGUCGGAGAGCGAUGAUGACGAAGCAAAUCAGGUAUUGAAUGAGCGUCAAACUGAAAAGCAUGCCAAAAGUGGAAAGUUGAAGGGAUCUGCUACGAUCAUGCUUCGUGAUGCGCCAAGUCAAUCUUCAUCAUCGUCAUCCUCACGAGAGUCAUUAGAAGUACGAGAAGCUCCGUUGGAACACAUUCAAAUUUUCACAUUACCAAAUUCGCAUCAAUCAAUCGUUAAUGCACCUCCCGAGCAAACGUCGCCGCAUCGACAACCAAGACCAACAUUUUACAACACAAAUCCAAAUCGACCCGUAAACAACAUUAAUCGCCCGCAAUUCCCGCCGUCGUUUUCGUAUCCCAUCAACCAUAAUUUCAAUCGUCCUGUUUAUCCGCCGCCUCAACGUCCUUUCGUGAAUGAAGUUCCUCAACCGAUUUACAAUACGGAGCUUCAAGAUGACGAUGACGAUCGUUUUGGGAAUUCAGGCCCGUAUUCGGGGCAAACAGCUUCUGAAGUGUUCGAUUUGACCAACGACAUUCGCGUGAAUCAGAUUUUGAGUGAACAGGGACGUCCCUUUAAUCCUGAUGCGGAAUUCAUUUCUGUGCCAAAUCAACCGAGACCAAGACCGUUUGAGAGUUAUCCGCAACAGUAUCCGCCGUAUUACUUUACGGCAUUCAGAGACAUCAAAGACAUUAAAAAGUAAAUUUUUUUAAAGAAAUUUUUUACGGAGGAAAUGUUUGUUGGUAUACUGCCAUAACCAAAGACGAUCAUGAAUUUGUAUUAAUUUUAACGUAU